AUGGCAAUCACCAACAUUGCCUCCGGAGAAACGUACCUCAUCGUCAACUCUCUGAACUACAAGGCCGUCGAUCUUCCGGAAGAUCAGGAGCCGUCGGCUGAUCACGAGGCUGUGGUCGGCUAUACUGCUCACGGGGAUCGCACGCAGAAGUGGGUCUUUGAGGGAGACGCGAAGAAGGGAUACUCUAUCAAGCAUGCUGGCGAUGGCAAAGCGCUUGUCAUAGCCGGCCAUGCGGAGCCGGGCGCGGAACUUACUACGAGCGACGAUACCUCAGCCCGCAUCCCUUGGAUCGUGAACCAUGUGAAAGAUGACCUCUUCGAGUUGCAGUGGCCUGCUGAAGAGUCGCUUGUCGUCGAGCUUCAAGAUGACGGGCAGUUCUCGCCGGGGAAUAACCUCACGCUUGCGAAUCGGAGCGAGGACGAGAAGUCGGAGGAGAGGAAGAGGCAGCUUUGGGUGUUCGAAGAGAAUUCUACAGGCCCGAGCUUGGUUUCCAUCCCAUGA